AUGAUUUCAAAAGGCUUUGGGAUGGGUGGGCGUAAGAUAAUCAAAGCUGCAGCACUGCUGAUAGCAUUGGGUUACAGCAGUUUACUUGUUUAUCAAGGCGGAGUUAAUUUCAACUUCCAGGAAAGUCGGUCAGUGCAAGUGGCUGACUUAUCCAUAGAACCCAUCACUAAAACAACUGUAUUAGACAGUGGUCUGAACAAAAACAUAACGCUAGAUGAUAUUUUUAUCAGUGUUAAGACAACAAAACAUUAUCAGUACACCCGGUUGCCAAUAAUAUUGAAGACAUGGUUCCAAUUAGCGAAGGAUCAGACGUGGUUCUUCACAGACACUGAUAAUCAACAACAACAAAACCAAACAAAUGGUCACAUGGUUAACACAAAAUGCUCGGCAUCACAUCAACGCAAACACCUUUGUUGCAAAAUGUCAGUUGAAUAUGAUCACUUUCUAGAAAGUGGUAAAAAAUGGUUCUGUCAUUUCGAUGAUGACAACUACGUGAAUGUACCUCGUUUGGUCAGCGUGCUUCAAACUUAUAACCAUCAAGAAGACUGGUAUCUAGGGAGAACUUCUGUAUAUGAACCGGUCAAGAUUUAUAAGAAGCCGACUAAUCAGUUACUAUUUUCAUUUUGGUUUGCAACGGGCGGUGCCGGAUUUUGUGUUAGCCGAAGUUUAGCUCUGAAAAUGUUACCAGUGGCAAGCGGCGGAAGAUUUAUAAGUAUAUGUGAAGGUAUUCGGUUACCGGACGACGUUUCUAUGGGAUUUAUAAUAGAACAUCUUAUGAAGAAGAAUCUAACUUUGGUGCCAGAAUUUCAUUCUCAUUUGGAACAAAUGAAACUCUUGAUGUCGGAAAGUUUCCGUGACCAGAUAUCAUUCAGUUAUUCGAAAACGAAGAACGUCUGGAAUGUUAUCAACGUACCCGGUUUUGAUUCUAGAUACGAUCCUACAAGGUUCCUUUCACUGCAUUGUUUCCUUUUCCCUCAUUUCAAAUUUUGUCCGAGGUAA